GUUAGUUUAACUAACUAUCGCGUUUUAAAAGCCUAUUAUAUUUAGUAUAGCAUUCUCUUCUCCCUCCCUUUACACUUUUUACUCUCUAAUAAGCCUGCAGUAUUAGGUAAUUCACGAUCCUCCAAGAUAGCUUUGAGGGGUUGGGCUAUUAUAUCCUGGGGACCCGAACACGGCAAUGUAGGCCGAGGUCGCUUAACUCUAAACGUCGAUGUCGUUUCAUUGAUCUGCCUCUACGAUGGCUAUCCGACUUGGGGCUUGGCACAGAGUCCUGGCUCUGGUGCCACAACUAGCGGAUGCCCCUAUUUCACGACUUGCAUGUUCUCGUCGGCUUUACUACUAUCCGCGGCAAAAUCAUAGUGCUAUACCGACAACUCCCGUCGCCGUCACCACGUCACAGGAGUGCCUAGAAAAAUGGUUCGGAAAAAAGGCUGAAGAGGCCGGCCCGCCGGAGAUGGGGAAAGCCACCGGCGAGAAAGGAGAGGGGAAAAAGUCCGACCCCUUACGCAUCCUCUUCUGCGGAUCCGACCUGUUCAGCUGUGUGUCGCUUGAGGCGUUGUGCCGUGAGCGGCAGGGCAACCCAGGGCUCGUCCAGUCCGUUGACGUUGUGGUGCGACCCGGCAAGUUCACCGGCAGAGGAAAUAAAUCUGUUCAGCAUCCUCCGGUUAGAGAUGUAGCCCUGAAGCUUGGUCUGCCAAUCCACGAGAGGGAUACGUUCACGGGAUGGGAUAUGCCUCCGCACAUCAACCUUAUCGUCGCCGUCUCUUUCGGGCUGUUCGUUCCACCGCGGCUGCUCCGCAGUGCCAAGUACGGCGGCCUCAACGUACAUCCCUCGUCUCUGCCGGACCUACGAGGACCAGCCCCCCUACAACACGCGAUUCUGGCUGGCCGCCGUGCCAUUGGUAUCAGUCUGCAGACGCUUCACGACCUUUCUUUCGACAGCGGACAGGUUCUCGCGCGCGCGCCGCUGCCGGUUCCGAUCCUGAAGGAUGACUACUUCGCGGACGUACUUCAUCGGGCCGCGCCCCGGGCCGCCGAGCUUCUCCUUAGUGGCCUUCGUGCCUGCGUACACGUCCCGCCGCUGAUAGCAGCUGAAUCCGAUAUGGAUUCCGGAGGAGGGCCCAGGCUAGUAGACCCGGGGGCAGCCCUAGUCCACGCACCCAAGAUCACGAAGUAUCACCGCCAACUCUGCCCCGAGACCCUACCGGACCUAUGGCGACGCCAGCGCGCUAUAGGCCCGCUCUGGUUCUGGUCGCGGGACCGGAAGGGGACUCGAAGACGCAUACUAAUUGAGCAUAUGUCUGGACCGCCGUUGCCUUCAACGUCAUCUCAUCUCUCUCCCAGCCUACCGCCGCCAUCAACUGCCGCGUUCAGCAUAGAUACCGACUGCUUCGGUGAGUGCAGUGAUGGCGCCGACAGUGAGGGUCAGUCGAUACAGUUAGUGCGCGCAGUAGCAGCCGCCACUCAUGCAGAGAGAAUAACAUAUUACGGACGACGGUACGCGGCCGCGCAAGCGGUCGGGCCGAGCGUGCCGUACCUCCUGCCAUUCGAGCAUGACAGAGACGAUCCCAGUGGGCCUGACGCCGUUUCCGAUGACACUGCGACAGGUGACACCACUCCUGCUCCUUAUCCCCCCCAUCCUAAGUUUACUACUGCUGUUGUGGAUACCGCUACCAGCAACAACAGCAGCAAUGACCCCAACACCAAACAAGAGAUAAGUCGGCGGAUAACACAUCUCCUCCUGUGGAUACCGUACCGUGAUGCUGAUGCAUGCUACCUUGGGGACUGCCGCUUAACCGCUGUCAAGGUGGAGGGCGGCCAGGCGAGGCCGCCGUGGUUGGCUCUACAGGCCUUUCUUGUGCGGGCCGACGGCGGAGAAAAAGGUGGACGAAACAAUAGAAAAGAUGCGGGUAAUAAGAAAAAAAGGCAAGAAUUAGAAGCAAAAAUAGGUGAUGGUCAUAUAAGCAAGUAAAUAGAAUAUAUAUACUUGACAACCCUUCG